CCUCUCGACGUAGGCGGAGCUGACCGUCAUGGCGACGCGGUUCCAGAAGUUAGGAAACAACACACGGAGCUUUGCUUUGGUCCUGAGAAGCUGCAGCCUUUACUCACGGCCGACUGUAACCUCCACCUGUACGUUAACUGCCAGCCUGACAGCGUCACCGCUCAGCCUCCUCUGCACCGCUGCCUUCACCGUCACUCGGCGCUCGCUCGCUCUUGUUCAACCGCACGCUCACUACGACCACACGCGUCCCUGUGACUCGAAGAAGCAGCAGAGAACUGGGAUUCCUCUGAUCCCCCUCUCCGAUUACAGAACUGGGAUUCCUCUGAUCCCCCUCUCCGAUUACAGAACUGGGAUUCCUCUGAUCCCCCUCUCCGAUUACAGAACUGGGAUUCCUCUGAUCCCCCUCUCCGAUUACAGAACCCAAGUUCCUCUAGUUCCUCUGGUCCCCCUCUCCGAUUACAGAACCCGAGUUCCUCUAGUUCCUCUGAUCCCCCUCUCCGAUUACAGAACUGGGAUUCCUCUGAUCCCCCUCUCCGAUUACAGAACCCAAGUUCCUCUAGUUCCUCUGAUCCCCCUCUCCGAUUACAGAACCCAAGUUCCUCUAGUUCCUCUGAUCCCCCUCUCCGAUUACAGAACUGGGAUUCCUCUGAUCCCCCACUCUGAUUACAGAACCCGAGUUCCUCUAGUUCCUCUGAUCCCCCUCUCCGAUUACAGAACUGGGAUUCCUCUGAUCCCCCUCUCCGAUUACAGAACCCAAGUUCCUCUAGUUCCUCUGGUCCCCCACUCUGAUUACAGAACCCGAGUUCCUCUGAUCCCCCUCUCCGAUUACAGAACUGGGAUUCCUCUGAUCCCCCACUCUGAUUACAGAACCCGAGUUCCUCUAGUUCCUCUGAUCCCCCUCUCCGAUUACAGAACUGGGAUUCCUCUGAUCCCCCUCUCCGAUUACAGAACCCAAGUUCCUCUAGUUCCUCUGAUCCCCCUCUCCGAUUACAGAACUGGGAUUCCUCUGAUCCCCCUCUCCGAUUACAGAACUGGGAUUCCUCUGAUCCCCCUCUCCGAUUACAGAACUGGGAUUCCUCUGAUCCCCCUCUCCGAUUACAGAACUGGGAUUCCUCUGAUCCCCCUCUCCGAUUACAGAACUGGGAUUCCUCUGAUCCCCCUCUCUGAUUACAGAACCCGAGUUCCUCUGAUCCCCCUCUCCGAUUACAGAACCCAAGUUCCUCUAGUUCCUCUGGUCCCCCACUCUGAUUACAGAACCAGGUCUCUGGUUUACCUGGCACAGAGUAGAUCAGAUCACUGCAGAAGGCUGACGGUAACCUCAGGGGAUUCCUCUGAUCCCCCUCUCCGAUUACAGAACCCAAGUUCCUCUAGUUCCUCUGGUCCCCCACUCUGAUUACAGAACCAGGUCUCUGGUUUACCUGGCACAGAGUAGAUCAGAUCACUGCAGAAGGCUGACAGUAACCUCAGGUAAAUACUGAGUGAGUUAAAGGUAAUUGUCAAGCUGGUGAUGUCACAGUGUGGUUCU